CAAGGGUUGUGGAACAUUUUCCCAGGGUGGAAGAGGGUCAGGAUGGAGGAAAAUCGAUGGGUAAAAAACAUAAAUGUAGCAGCUCUUGGUGGCGAGGUGGCUGUAAAGAAACUGUGGGGUCUGAGUGGACAAAAAGGCUAAAUGAAAAGAAGAGAGCAGUACAUAGAGCCAACUGAAGGAGGAAACUGAACUUACAGCUAUUCUCCCUUCUGAAUUCGUUAAACGCUUUCGUCCAAAGAGCCCAACCUGGUGAGAAGCAGCGUUCAUUCGUUCCCUUCUCUGGCUAGGCGCCCCUCCCUUUCUCGAGCCCCCUUGGGCAGGGAGCGUGUCGUGGCCCCUGCUCUUGAGCUUCUCUCAUUGGGAGUGCGGAGCUGAGCUCAUGGCCUGGCCGGGAUCUGCGGCCGCCACUGCCUUUGCUGCCACCGCCCGUCUCCAGCUGGUGUAAGCUACGGACCAACUGACUGACGGACUAACAAGCCCUGAGCAGCCGCUGAGCCCCGAGCCAGGGACGCAGCGCUGGGGCUGAGCCCGCGACUGCCCCCGCUCCUCUCUGGGAUUAUUCAAUGCCUGAUAAAGGAGCGACAGAGCCAAGCACCAAACGGAGAGGACCUGAGCUGCAUGGGAGGAAAUGAGUGUGGCAGAGAAGCAGCCACCCCCCGCACCGCGUGAGCGCCCGGUCACCCUCCUGGUCCCUACUUGGACUAAAACGGGUAUUGCACUGUUGUAUGAUGAAGGAUCUGAAAAUGCUUUUGACAUCCGAUUGAAGCUUACAAAAGAGGUACUCACAAUACAAAAACAAGAUGUUGUCUGUGUUAGUGGCAGCAAUCACAGUACAAAUCACAGAACUGUUACACUUCACAGACAACCUGUCGGUGGCUUGGGCCUAAGUAUUAAGGGUGGUGCUGAACACAAGGUACCUGUCGUCAUCUCAAAAAUUUUCAAAGAUCAAGCAGCUGACCAAACAGGAAUGUUAUUUAUAGGAGAUGCAGUAAUACAGGUCAAUGGCAUUAAUGUAGAAAAUGCAACACAUGAGGAAGUGGUACAUCUAUUACGAAAUGCUGGCGAUGAAGUUACCAUCACUGUUCAGUAUCUCAGGGAAGCUCCGUCAUUUCUGAAGCUCCCAUUAGGGUCCCCAGGGCCAUCCAGUGAUCACAGCAGUGGGGCUUCUUCACCUCUCUUUGAUAGUGGUUUACAUUUAAAUGGAAACUCCAGCAACACAGCACCAUCAUCACCUUCCUCGCCCAUAGCUAAUGAACCAAAAUAUGAGAAGCGCUGGCUAGACACCUUAUCAGUUCCUCUCUCUAUGGCUCGAAUCUCAAGGUACAAAGCUGGAACAGAUAAAUUAAGAUCUAAUGCUUUUGAAGUGCUAGCCCUGGAUGGAGUCAGUACCGGCAUCAUUCAGUUUUAUACAUCCCAGGAGAGUGCUGACUGGCUAAGAGCAGUAUCAACUAACAUUGGCGAUUUGACACUUCAAAAUAUGAAAAUGGCAAAUAAAUGCUGUUCUCCUUGUGACCAGGUUGUACAUAUGGGGUGGGUAAAUGAGAGGAUCCAGGGAAUUGACUCAUCUCAACCCUACAAAUACAAGUUCCUGGCCCUGAAAGGUUCAUCUUUCUACAUUUUCAGCACUCCACCGGUGAGUACAUUAGACUGGGUACGAGCUGAAAAAAUCUAUAACCUCUGUGAGGUACUAUUUAAAGUUCACAAGCUCUGGCUUGCUGAUGACUGCUGGUUACAAGCAAAUUUUUAUCUAGGUCUUCACCAGGACUACGACCUGGAAGACCAACGGCCAUAUUGCUUCAGUGUCAUGGUUGGACAGGGAAAAAGUCAUUUUUUCAAUGUAGAGCUAGGAAGCGAACUAGCUGUGUGGGAAAAAUCGUUCCAAAGAGCCAUUUUUAUGGAAGUUCAAAGGACAGGGAGAAAAGCUUCUAUAUGUGUUUGACACCACCGGUACAUGAUGUUUAAGGACUCUUUGAAGCCUAUACUAAGCAGUGGUUACAAAAGUCAAAGGAAUCAAGAUAAAUUGUACAGAAAUAAUAAUAACAGCCAUAAUAAACUUCACAUGUGUAUGUAUCUUUAGUUUUCAAAAAAGGUUUACAAUUUAUUUACUCAUUUAAUUUUCACUAAAAUCAUUUGUGAUAUUAUUUAUUCUUGUUGUACUUCUAAAUAGAAUAUCUAAGCUCCUUGAUGGCAGACAAUGACAUUCUUAUUCAUUAUCAUUUUACCUUUUUAGUCCUAAUGCCUAGUAUAAUAUGAGCAUUAAAAGAUCACCUCCUCUGGUGAGAGGUCUCUUUUUAGUGCUCCUGAUCCAUCCUUGAUGUCUAUCCGACACUCAGCUCCACUUGUGACUCCAAGAAGCUGUAGCGUGUGUAGUGGCCACAUGGUGGUAAACAUCUCAACACAUGGGCUAACCAAGAUGAGGGUAACCAAAAGGUCUCAGACCAUUGGUGAUUUAGAGGAGUGUCUAACCCAAGCAUAUGCAGACUCCCCCCCCCCCAAACCUUCCAUGAAAUGUGAGAAUGAGAACAAAUUGUUCCAACUGCCAGGAAGGCAACAGAAGCAGGUUCCCAGAAUGUUCAGAACUUAAUCAAACAUCAAACAUGUCUAAUGCUGCACUCCAAGAUGUUGCCAGGCAUCCUAACUUUUGUCUUCCCACUGGUCUCUGGACCAAAGAGUAAGGCUGACAACUUUAUGCAACUCUGCCUCACUUAAAUCCAAUUAAUGGGUAAGUCAAGAUAUCACCACCCUGUGAUGUUACUGGUUCUCUUAAAAAACAAAGGACAAAUACUAACCACAAAAAAAUCUUAUAUAAAGUGGGCAAUUUGUAAAUGUUUCUUGGAUUCAGUUAGACUAAAUCCAUCCUCCUACUAAAAGUGUUCUUGCUUUCCUUAAUUUUCCUAAAAUAUUUUGUCUAAAUUUCUUUUUUAUUCUUAUAUCUUUCUAUCAUGUAUUGUGCUCACUUGGGUAACAUGCAUUAUCCUACUAUUAGACCAGUGGUUCUCAACCUUUCUAAUGCCAUAACCCCGCAAUACAGUUCCUCAUCUUGUGGUGACUGCAAACCAAAAAAUUAUUUUGGUGGCUACUUCAAAACUGUAAUUUUGCUACAAUUAUGAUUUGGAAUGUAAAUGCCUGAUAAGCAUUAUGUAUUCUCAUUGCUAUAAAUUGAGAGGUUCAGAAUCACUGUAUUAGACUGUAAACUCCUAGAUAUCAGGGAUUAUCUUUGUAUUCCUAACAUAUAGCCCUUUGCCCUACAAGAAGUAGGUAUUUAGUGAAUUAAAUUACUCAGUGCAAUUACAUUAUUUUUUUUAAUUUCAAUAUCUCUUCCAGGAAUAGUAAUUCUAUUAAGCUAUUAAAUCUGUGGUCCAAGGAUUUAAUGGCAAAAAUAAAGCAGUGGCUCAAAGGAUACAAAUAUUAAUCUCAGAUAAUCUCUAAAUUAUUCAAUGCUCUGUGCAAACCUUGUGCAUAUUAUCAUAGAAUGCCAUGUCAAUCAGCUAAUGCUGAUACUUUAAAAGUAAAUGUAUUAAUUGUCUUAGCAUCACUAAAUAACCCAGGCAAAGAUGAUAUUGUGGGUGUCAGUGUUAGGUCCCUUUUUAUUAAUGCUUUGGAUAAAGGCAGAAUUCAAUUGAAUAAAAUUUAUUAUUAUAGUGAGCAGAGAAUUAAAGAUAGGAUGUUUUGACAAACCCCAUAUAAUCCACACCCUCCUAUAAUUUAUAGUCUGUUUUUGAAGUAAUAUAGUUCUUACUAAAACAAAAUAAUAUACUAUGUCUAUUAGAGAGAUACCACCUCUGUCCCCAUAUACAAAAAAGUCCUUUUUAAGGCCUGAGAGGGAAAAGAUCAUUGCCAACCUGGGAAAUAGAGUCUCCUUUUAUGUGAAGUAAAACCUCAUUUAACUGAAAACCAAACUAAGCAUAGUCCUCAAUUGACUAUAGUUUUGCUGUCUCUCAUUUUAAGGAAAAAGUUGUAAAUUAUAAGAAAACAAAUAUAGAUCAUGGAUUCAAUUAAAAAUAACUGUUUCUAGGGAAUUCCAUGUCAUUAUUACACACUUAGGCUAUUCCUCUAAACUCAUGAUGGCAAACCUAUGGCACAUGUACCAAAGAGGGCACCCAAAGCCUUCUCUGUGGGCAUGUGUAAUUACUAGGAAGGCAGAGAUGCUGCUCCUUUUCCUCUUUCCACAGAGCUUGAGGACAUUUUUUUUCACUUUACCUGUCCCUCUGCCCAGCAGCCCAAUGGGAGCAUUUCCUCCCCUGUCUGGGUAGGCAGGGCAAAACACUUGGUCUGGGUGUGGGAGGUAGGAAGGACAGCACACAAUAUGGGUGGAGCAGGUCACAUAGUUUCUUAAAGGUUUACCAUCACUGCUCUAUACUUUCCACAGCUUCCUAAGAAGUUUUGAAAACUGAUAGAACUGAAGAAUCAAAGGCUUGGCUAGAUACUUAAUCAUUGAAUAAUAAAAAUAAAAGCUAACAUCCAUGUAACAGUUUAAAUGGUUGUUAUAAAAAUUAUUUACUACAUUGUCUAAGUUGAUCAUCACACAACCCUGUUAGAUAGGUACUAUAAUUAUACCCAUUUUAUGAUUAAAGAAACUGAGACUAAGAAAAUUUUCAGUGACUUGUCCAGGGUUAUAGAGCUUGUAAGCAUCUUAGUAGAGUAUGAGAUGAUUUUAUGCAUGUAAGAUAUACAAUUUUUCAUCCAUAAUCAAACAAUAAGCAUUCAUUAAGUAUUUACUGUGUAUCAGGAAUUAUUUAAGGCACUUGAAAUAUAAGUACAAUAAAAGGGGAAAAUCUAUCUCUGCAAUACAUCCUAUCUUAUCCAGCAGAUUGUUCCAUGAUCAUCAUCAUCUCUCUUAUCUUCAGUCUCUCAAAUUAUUUCUUAAUGUUUACAAAAUGCCUGCAUGUCCUUCACUCUCAAAAAAUCCUCACUUGAUCCAUCCAUCCCUGUUCAUCAUCAUCUCAUAUGUCUCCUCUUUUUUGUGUCUAAACUCAUUGAAAAGGUUCAAAAGAUUAUUCCACUUAGUUUUUCUCUUUCUUUUCCUUCUGACCUCAUCACUGAAUCAAAACUUCCCUCACUAAAAUUACCAACAAUCUCAUUCAACAAAUCGAAUGGCAUUUUCUUAGUCUUCAUCCUUCCUGAAAUUUUCCUCUUUGACUAGUCCUUCUCAGUUCCCUUUGCUGCAUCUUCACCUAAAUCACAUAUCUAUUCUCUCUCUCUAUUUCACUUAGUUAUCUCAUCAGUAUCCAUAGAUUUAAUUGUCAUCUCCAUGUGGAUAAUUCUCAUAUAUAUUUAUCCAGCCCUCACCUCUCUGCUAUCUUCUAGUCUCUCAUUUCCAGUUGUCUAUUUUAUAUCUAGAUAUUGAUCUCAAACUCAGCAUGUCCAAAAUUUAACUCAUUAUCUUUCCCAAAAAAACACUCUCUUUUAAAUAAUUUACCUAUUAGUCUUAGGAGAACUACCUUCCUCUCAGAUACAAAGGCUAGCAAUGUAUCACCAUCAAGUCUUCACUCUCUCUCACUUCCUAUAUUCAAUCUAUUGCCAAGGUCUUUUGAAUUUUUCCUUCAUUAGAUCUCUUUUCUUCUCUGAGCCCUUGGGACAUGCCCUCAUGUCCCAAUAUUGCAAUAGCCUCCUGGUAGUUCUCCCUACAACAUACCUGUCCCUACUCCAGUCCAUCUUCUACUCACAGAAGCAGCUAGACAUAAAGAAUAGAGUGAUGACCCCAGAGUUAGGAAGUCCUAAGUUAAAUUCCAAUCUUAGGUAGAAAAUCGAUGUGUGACUCUGGGUAGUCACAAAAUCUCCAUCUACCUCAAUUUCCUCUAUAAAAUGGUGAUAAUAAUAGCAUGUACCUUACAAGGCUCCGUUAGUAUCAAUUUAGAUAUUAUUUGUAAAGCAUUUUGCAAACCUUGAAGUAUUAUAUGAAUGGUAGCAAAGGGCUUAGCGUAUGGUAGGAUGUCUAAUAAAUAUUUAUCUGUUGAGUGACUAAAGGAUUUUUUUUAUAUUCCAAUAGGGGUAACAACAUAUAUAUAUAUAUAUAUGUCUAUAAUAUAUAUAUAUAUGUAUAAUAUGUAUAGGUAUACAACAUAAUUAUGAAAGAGAAUAAAUACAAAUGAGUAUAAAGCAUAUAAAUACAAAUUAUUUUGGAGUGGAAUGCAUUAACACAGGGAAGAAAUAAGAGAUUUUAUCCAGAAGAUGUUACUCAAAUUACAUCUUUGAGAAUAAACAGAACUCUCUGAGGUGGAAAAAAUAGGUAAUGUAUUCCAGUCAUAGAUUAUGACCAGUACAGAUAGGAGAUGGAAUACUUUUUAUGAGGAACAAAAAGGAUAGCUAUGUUAGCUUGAAUAUUUCAUGAGUAGUUGGGGUAUAAUGUCCAAAUGAAGUAGAAAAUAAGUUAGGUCCAGAUUGUGAAAGGAAUAAAAAGGAAAAAAUAGAAUUAAAAAAAAAGAAAAAUGAAUAAAAAGAAAAAAAAUACAUUUAAAAAAGGAAUAACUUUUUAUGUACAAAAAAGUUACUCUUUUCUCCUAGAAACAAUAGUAUUUGACUAGGUCAUCAUUUUGACAGCAUGGAAUAGCAAUGAGGAAGCAGACAGUUGAUGCAGAUAAUCAAUUGGGAGACUUGAAAUAAUCUAGAUGAGAGAUGAUGAGGACCAACACAAAGUAGUGGUUUUAUGAGUGAAGAGAAAGGGCCAGAUAUGAUAGUGGGAGUACAUAGAGUAAAAGUUAUACACUGAUCAGAUAUCAAGAGUAAGGAAGAGGGAGGAAUCAAGGAUGAUGGUGCCAAGAUUACAAACCUAGAGACUGGAAAGAUGGUGAAUGGUGAAGUUUAGAAGAGAACACGAAUGUGAAACCUUUUUAAAGUUCAGAAGACCUGGGCAACUCCACAUUAUUUCAUACUUGUGGCCCAAAUAUGCAUAUACCAGAUGUGAGUGCUUAACUUUCAAUGUUAGCACACUCUUUAAAGGUCCUCUAGAUUGAGAAUAAAAAAUCCUAAAUUUGGGGAAAACAUAUGUUGAAAGAUUCAGAAAACAGUAGAUAAACUCCCAUGGCAAAAAUGCUAUAGAAGAGGCUCAUAGGAGAGGGAUGAAAGAUACGUUCUUAAAUAUAUUUAAAUGUUUUAAUUAUUAAUAUUCAAAAAUGAAAUUCUAUAUACAAAUGGAAAUAAUUGAAAUAAAGAAGAAAAACUGAGAUUUGUUUGAAGAUGUCAAUAUGCAUGUGCAAGGAAUUUACCCAUCAACUGAUAGUGAAGAAAAAAAAUAUAGAUGAUAGAAGCAAGGCUAGGGAAUAAAAGAUGAAUAUAAAAGAAUAGUAUCACUCUAUAAAAUUAUAAUAAAAAAAUGCUAAAUACCAAAAUGAUCUGUGAAUGACUAGGGAAGCUACAGAGAACCAAAAUAAAUUUUAUGCUAUGUUGAUAGAACAAGGUUAAAACAAUGUAGCCUGUCUACUUGCAAGAUCCAUAAUCCAUAAUCCAUAAUCCAUAGAGAGAGAAGACAAAAUUGAUCAAUUAUCAUUUUGCUUUUGUUUUCUCUUCAAAAGACACUGAGAUCCCUAAUUUACAAAUGGUCUAAGGAUAUGCACAUGCAAUUUUCAGACAAAAAAAUCAAAGCCAUCAAUAAUAAUAUAAAAUUGUUCUAAAUCUCUCUUGAUUAGAGAAAUGCAAAUUAAAAGAAUUCUGAGGUACCAUCUUGCACCUAACAUAUCAGCCAAUAUAGCAGUAAAUGAAAGUGAUAACUGUUGGAGGAGAUGUGGUAAAAAGUAAUGCAUUAUUGGUGGAGUUGUGAACUAAUCCAACUAUUUUGGAAGGGGAUUUGGACCUAUACCCAAAGGAGUACAAAACUGUGUAUCUUUUGAUCUGGUAAUACCACUACUAGGUCUGUAUCCCAAAGAAAUUAUAAAAAAGAGGAAAUGACCUACGUGUACAAAAAGAUUUAUAGCUACUCUUUUUGUGGUGCCAAAAAUUGGAAAUUGAAGGAAUGUCCAUCAAUUGGGGAAUCUCUGAAAAAAUUGUAGAACAUGUUGGUAAUAGAAUACUAUUGUGCUAUAAGAAGUGAUAAAGCAAGCUGAUUUCAGAUAAAGCUGGAAAGAUCUGUGGAAACUGAUGUAAAGUGAAAUAAGCAGAAUUGAGAGAACAUUGUAUAUAGUCACAACAAUAUUGGGUGAUUAUCUGUGAAAACUUGGCUACUCUCAGCAAUGCACAAAUCUUGAAUAAUCCUGAAAGACUUAUGAUGGGUGCUAUCCACCUACAGAGAGAGAACUGAUGGAGUCAUUUUUCACAUCAAUGUAUUUAUGAUUUUAUUUGGGGAUUGUGGUUAUAUAUGAAUUUGCUCUUACAAUGAACAAUAUGGGAUUGUGCUUUGCAUAAGAAUAAUUUUAAAAGACUCUGAGAGGGAGUCAGAGAGAGAGAGAGAGAGAUCCAUAGAAAUCCAUAUACUCAUCCAUAUAUGUGAACUCUGAUAUUCAUCUGAAAACAAAGUUCUCUUGAAAAGAAGUGGCAUAUGACCUAAAACCUUGAUACAAGUAGAGUUUGAAGUCAAGAGAUGGAAUUUCAGAUAUGAGAAAUAGUAUAUAGGUCACUGGUGAUGAUGAUCAAGUAUGGGGAAGGGUAAAAUAUAAGGUUAGAAUUGAGAGAAGGGGAAAGGUGAUGAAGGUUUAUAAUAUCACUAUUCUGCAUUAUUCAUCUAUUUCAGCUUCCACUCAUCUUCACAAAGCAACAUCUGCAAAACAGACAAUAUAGAAAAUAGAAAAGCUAUCCUUUUAAGUAAAGAAGUCAAUUAGUGAAGGUCUGACAAAAGUAUUUUGUUUUAAAGGUCAGAAGGAAUGCUUACAAAAUAACAUACCACAGCUUAGAAGAAAUUUAGCAAAAUCAUUCAGGGCUGACUACACUUACUAUGAAACCGUGAUAAACAAAGGCAAAGAUAUACUCCCUGAGACUCAGGAGUUUCUUCACUGCAUGAUAAUUUCUAAGGGGAGUAUGAAUGAUUAGGUAAAGGAAGGAAGAAAUAGAGCUCAAACAGAAUAUAGGAUAAGGAUGACCAAAGAUUUCUUUUAAUGGACCAUGACAUCAGGGGAAAAUUUCUCUGGAACUGAAAAUCAAACUGGAAGGUUAGUGAGAAAUAUGCUUCCAAUGCCUCAUACAGGUACAUAUGGUUGCAAGGGGAAAAAAGAUUUCAACAGUUAUCUUCAGAAUUGCCCUGAGAAUAAGAGAAUAAUAUCUAUCCUUAAUGUGGCCGAAUGCAGUCUUGGCUCAAUUUUACCUACUUAACAACAACCUGAGUUAAUUAGAUCUAUUCUAAUGACUCUUCUACUCAGGGAUCAGCCAACAGCCCAGAGUUGCUGAAUAGAUUUGGCUGGUGAUGUGCUAAAAAAUAGGAGAUGCAGAUCUAGAAAGAAAGGGGACUCCUUUCUCUUGGAUGACCCUAUAACAUUGAAAUUAUUCCUCUUUGUAUUCAAAGUUCUCUGUUAAUCAACUUCAACCAACCUAUCUCCUAUUAUUCCUAUUCUCAUCAUGAAAAUUCUAGCCAAAUUAGACAACUUGUCCAUCUUCACGCUUUUCUGCUCUUCACAAUUUAAUAGUUCCUCCCUUUUAAUUUCCAGGCUUCAUUAAAAAUCUAUUUCAAAUGUCACCUUCUCCAUGAAGUCUUCCCUGCUGCUCUUGCAAAAAAUGAUCACUUAUCCUUCUGAACUAAUAUAGCAUUGUUUAACACAUAUUAAACUUCAGCGUUCUAUCUUUAAUUUUAGGUCAGUCCAGCAGUCAACCAGCACUUAUUAAGUUUACUGUGUGCCCAGUACUGUGUGCCAAGUACUGAGGUUGCGAAGAAAGGCCAAAAAACAAUGAUAAAUGCACAAAAAAACUAGUCCCUGUUGUUUUGUUUUAUUUUUCUUUUGCAAAAGCCA